ACCUUUACGCAGCUGACAAACACAGAGCAGCUGGGAAAUCACUCCGCGGGCUAACCUGGUUCACGUAGCGGGCGGUGUGACGGCGCGGCGGUGACCCGGAGCCUCUGACCUGUGAGCAGGGAGCUGAGGGGCGGCAGGAGCGUCGCUCCGGCGUGGGAGACAUGAACACUGUGGUGACCAAGUUAGAGCGCCUGUGGAUACGGCACAGCUCUGCCUCCUUACAACCUUGGAUAACAUGCAUGGCAGUUGCCAGGCUGUCCACGCUACCCGCUGAGCCCGUCAUCCCCUCCAAGAAGCCGUUCAGAGUGGAGCUGACUGCUGGGAAGCGCUACUCGUGGUGCACCUGUGGACACAGCCGGAAACAGCCUUUUUGCGAUGGCGCUCACAAGACAAAAGCCCAAGGCCUGUCUCCACUGCGCUUCGUCCCUGACAAAGACGCCACAGUUUGGCUGUGCGGUUGCAAGUACACCAGUAACCCGCCGUACUGUGACGGCACACACAAGCAGGACUUCAUCCGGUCUGCCACGCUGCAUGAGCACACUGACUCUUGAAGAAGGACGAGCGCUGGAUGUUUUGGUGGGGGUCAGAGGAGACCACAGAGGUGUCUGUGGACUCUGAACGAGCACAGUGAGGUUUCUUGAGCCAGUUAAGCUAUAAAGUGGCCAUUAGAGCCAAGUUUUUAUGGUCAGCAAUAGAUCAAGAAAUCAGCUCUGCAAAAAAUAUUGAAUUGAAUUGUACUGAAUUUUUGUUUUCAGAGGCUGUCUGUGUUUGACAGAGGAGAGGGGGAGUGUAAAUGAUGUGACCAGUGGUUAUGAACCAGUCCCGUCCUCUUUCUUCUCGUCUUGGAGAAGUGGUCACAUCAAGAUUCAUGCCUAAAUCCUGCAGUUUAACAUCACAUCCAAAAUGUAGGUUGAAGCCAUCUCUGAAUCUUCAAGUUGUGCAAGGCAACAUUAAACUGGACUUCUGCCUUCAGUCUGAUUCCAAGGAUACAAAAAUGAAAAGAAAAUGCAUCUUAGUGUCUUGGUCAGAUUUAUAUGAUUCAGUUCACCUUGUCAUAUUUGCUCUUUUUAUGCUUGUUCAUAAACAGAACACACCUGAAAACCUGCCAGGUAUUUGUAGUGGUCAGCAGGUUUGUCACUUAAUUGGUUCAAGAAACCUCAGCAGUGUUGCCUGUCCUCAAGUGGGGACAGGCAAGUUAACGGUAUAAAUUAAAAAUAUUGCCCUUAAUAAUGUAAUACUGUAAUGGGGAGAGCCCGAAAUGGCAGGUGGUUAAGGUGAUCAUACAUUGUCAUAAUAAAACUGUCAUCAGACCAUCAUAACUAACUUUUGCACAACUGCCAUAAUUAAUUCUUGCACAAUUUCAUUUUCCCCAAUUGUUUUGUAGGUUUGUAUUUCUGUUUAUUUGAUGAAAGGUCUGUGGUUUUCUUGAAUGUGUAAAUCAACUGAGACGCACAAAAUUUUUCACACUGACUUGUUGGAGAAUUAUUUCUUGGGGAUGGAAAUACUGUGAGGAAAUGUAUACUGUACCAUUAAUCAUCAGUUUUCUGUGAGCGUUUUGUUUUUUCUCUUAUCUGUGCCAGAAAUACCUGACCCCUUUCUCUGUUAAAGCCAUUUCAUGUUCCAACAUUUGAGUCAAACUUUUUUUUUUUGAAUAUUGGCAUUAUGUUCACAACAACAUGCUUUACACCCUGUUGAAUUAACA